UUGUGGAUUCAGCAUCGCUGCUUGUGACUCUUCCGGCAGGCGCGAGAGGAGGAGCGGGUGGUCUCGGCCUUCUCGAGUCCAUGCCUUCUGACUGCUCAGAAACAGGAACUGGGCCUCCUCUGAUAGUUCACGAAGCCAGUACCCAAACCCAAAUUACUGCAGGGCAUGACAAAGCACAAAGCCAAAUUCCAGCUGAAGAACCAAGCGCAACAAAACCCAGGCCUGGUGCUUCCCACAAAGAGACGGCUGCUGGAGCGGAAAGCGCUCAGGAACGCACAGUUCCCAUCACCAGAACAUCACCAGCCGCAGGGGCAGGAGACUGGUAUAGAAGAGAAGGAGAUGUGGUCUGGGAUGUGCACAGUGAAGUUUAUAUUGAGACCACGGAAAGAACUUGUGUGUAUAAGACUGAGGAGAAGACCCCAACAAGUGCACCCUACAUGCAAGUGACAAUAGAAGAUGUGCAGGUGAAUUCUGGGGAGUGUGCCAAAUUUCAGGCAGUGAUUGAAGGAAACCCUCAGCCUACUGUUUUGUGGUUUAAGGGCACUUCCUUGUUGACAGACAGCCACAGGCUCCAUCAAGUGAAGGAAGGAACAACAUAUUUCUUAGUCCUGGACAAUGUUGUCUCAGAAGACGGUGGUGUUUAUACCUGUGUUGCCAAAAAUGCCGGAGGGGAGGUUUUGUGCAAAGCAGAGCUUGUUGUACAUGAAGCUAAGAAAGACCAAGCAGCAAAGAAAGUGGCCACCCGGAGAAAGCUCCAUUCCCUCUACGAGGUUAAGCAGGAGAUCGGAAGGGGCUGCUUCAGCUUUGUGAAACGAGUUGUGCAUAAAGGGAACAGAGUGUCCUGUGCUGCCAAGUUCAUACCUCUGCGGAGCAAAACGAAGGCUCGAGCACAUCAGGAGAGGGAUAUUCUUGCCCCUCUGUCCCAUGAUAGAAUUACCAGGCUGCUGGAUCAGUUUGAAACACGGAAAACCCUGAUUUUGAUCCUGGAGUUAUGCUCCAACGAAGAGCUCCUCGACCGUUUGUUCAAGAGGAGUGUUGUCACUGAAGCAGAGGUUAAAUUGUAUAUCAAGCAAAUUUUGGAAGGAAUCAAGUAUCUUCAUGACAACAACAUCCUUCAUUUGGACAUUAAGCCUCUGAAUAUCCUCAUGGUUUAUCCUGAAAGGGAAGACCUCAAGAUCUGUGACUUUGGAUUUGCUCAGAAGAUCACUCCAUAUGAGCCUCAGUUCAGCAAAUAUGGGUCUCCAGAGUUUGUUGCCCCAGAAAUCGUCUCUCAGUCACCAGUCUCAAAAGCGACUGAUAUCUGGGCUGUUGGAGUCAUCACAUACUUAAGCCUAACGUGCAAGUCUCCGUUUGCUGGGGAGAACGACAGAGGAACCCUUCUAAAUAUCCAGAACGGUGAAAUUUCGUGGACCCUUCCUGAUUUCCUUCACUUGAGCGAAGACGCAAAGGAUUUUAUAAAACGGAUCCUACAGCAGCGCCCCGAAGCCAGGCCUAGCGCAUUGGACUGUCUGUCGCACAAGUGGUUCAUGCAUAAUCUCCCCCUCGAAGCAGCUCAUUUCAUUAACACCAAGCAGCUCAAAUUCAUUGUGGCUCGGAGCAAGUGGCAGCGGUCUCUGAUGUGCUAUAAAUCCAUCCUGGUAAUGCGAUCCAUUCCAGAAAUCCUAGAAAGGACUCAUGACAACACCUCCCUGGCCAUCUCCCGACAUCUUAUUGAAGAAAGCACUUCCUCCAGUACGAGCGGUUCCUCUUCAGACAAUGAGAACUCACACUUCCCCAAGAAGAGACACUUCGGCUCUACCCCUGAACUGCACUUGUCCAUUUUUGAUGCACCAAGCAGUCAGGAACCUCCAAAGCAUGCAAGUGAAGAGAAGCACUCCAAAAUCUCGAUCCCUCCAGUAAAACCCACGAGGAGGAAAUAUGCUUCAGUGAAGAGUGAGGUGGGAGACAAAUCACCUACAGAAAGCAAAGAGCUCAUGGCAACUACCUUAGGGCAGAAAGAGGAGGAACUCCAUCCCAAACUUCGAGAUGAAAGAGCAGAGCAGUCCCAAAAAAGUGAUGCAGCUGAACCUUCAUCAAGGAAGAUUUCCGUAGAUGACACAUCGGGUCUACAUCAGAAAGAAAAAACAGACACACUUCAAACUGAUAAGGACAAAAUUGAAAAGGCUGGGGAUGGGACAGAAAAACCACCUCUGUGUGUUCCUAGACAGAGUGUCAUUAAAAGCACUUUCUACAGCCAAGCAGCUGAGCUUCCUGCAAGGGCCUCUUCCUCUCCAGGCAGAGAGCUGAGAAGGCACUUGGACAGAGCCAGAAGGACUUACCGGAAAGCUGGAUAUUCAAAGGUGCCCCUCAGUGGUCUCCGUGAACCCCUUCUAGAACAGUUUGAGCUAGAAGAAGAAGAAGAAAGAAAGUCUGAUGAUGGAGAUGAUGGAGGGCACAGGGAAGGUCUGCUUGGUCCCUUGACCAAAUCAGCUUCAUUUGAUACUGCAAGGAAACCACCACAUCCUGCCAUUGCUGGUUCUAGCCGAAGCCGUUCACUGGAUGAUUACAGGCUGAGGGCCUCAAGAUCAGUGAGGGAACAAGAUAUUUUGGAAGAAGACUAUGAUAUAAUGUCACAGGAAAGUUGUCCUGAAGGCAGUCGCCACUGCGACAUUUCAGCUGAGCCGGGCAAGGAAUGUUCUGUAGAUACUUCGAAGCAGGAGGAUGCUAGCAGAACCAGAAAGGAUUGCUCAGAAGAACAGCUCUCUCCAUCCACGAGGUGUGAGGGUAAUGGAUGCCCAGCUGUUACUGUGCAAAGGUUAGAGAGACUUCCAGUGUCACCUCACAGGAGUGAGAAUAGGAAGCAUUUACUUAAGAAGUCAAAAGCUACUCACAUGGAGGAGGAAGCUGAUGAUUUAGAAGGCAAAAGCCCCAUUCUGACUGCUCAGCAACCAGAUAUAACUGCACCAUCAGUUCAAAAGCAUGAAGGCAUUCAGGCUAAAUCUCUGUCUGGCAGUGCUUCCAAGACAGCUCUGCAGGAGGGCAGGCAGUCCAUUUCAGCUCUUCCACAGUCAGACACCACCCCCAAGUCAGCCCCUACAAGUAAGAGAGGAGUGUAUCUGCACCAGGAGUCAAAGCCCUCUGCUGACAGCACUGACAGCCGUCCUGAGCUAAAAGGUGAAAGCUUCCGUAGUAAAAGGACUGCUUCCAUUCCACCCUGUAAAGACAAAAGCCAGGAGCAUUCACUUCAGAAGCCCUCUGCUCACAGUGACACUAAGUCUGAUCUCGUGGAGCACGACAGGCCUGCUGUUUUAACAAGCCCACAAACAGAAACAGAUUCACCUCCAGUACAUAAGGACAAAAGUCAGGAACUUUUUGAUCAAGGCAUUCCAGCGACUACUAUCCUGGAGGUCAAAGAGCCAGGUUCCCAAACAGCUCUGCAAACAGCUGACGAAGAUACUCACCAGAAGCUGAAGAUCUAUAAGGAGGUGAGAUCUGCUGUCUUGGAGGACGAAGGACCAGGUAUUGCAGGGGUUGCUCCAGUAUCAGAUGAAAAUGGUGAAAGCCAAGUGCACAAGAGGCCCUCUGUUCAUGCAGGCACAGCAUCAGCAGCUCUGAAGGGAAAGAGUCCCGUGGCCCUGAAAGUCCCACCACCAAAACCAGUGCCAACUUCCAUCUCCGACAGAGCACACCAAGCAGAAAGGGAACAGCCACCUUAUAGCAAGGAGAGGCUUGCUGCUCUGAAGGAUGAAGGUUCAGCCCUUGCAGAGACUGUUCCCAUUUUGGUCCAGGAGGCUGAAAUCGAGGGAGCUGAACACCGGAAGGCUUCUCAGUGCAGUGGCAGGGUGCCUGCUCUUCUGGAGGGCAGACCCCCAGCUGCAACUGUUCCACCACAAGAUACUAGCCUCCCUUCAGUCUGUGAGAGUGAAAAGCAAGAACAUCCACAGCUGUUACCUUGUAGUGAGGUGAGAUCUGUUGUCUGGGGAAGUGGAAGCCCAGCUGCUGGGCAGCCUGUCCCUGCUUCCUUCUCCAAGACCAAAGGUCAGGCAUAUGAGCAGCACGAGGCUGCAUAUCCCAGUGGCAAAGUUUCUGCUGCUCUGGAGGGCGUGCAUCCAGGUAUUUUAACUGCUUCACAAGCAGAAGGUGCCCCAGCUUCAGUCUAUGAGCUAGAACAUGAGGAACGCACAAAGGUUUAUGGUGAGGGAAGAGGUGCUGCCUCAGGGACUGGAAGCUCUGAUGCUAGAAAAGCUGUCCCACCAUUGCUCCAUGAGGAUCAAAGUCAGGAGCUCUCACACCAAAGGUCGUCUUUUUACAGUGAUGAGGAGUCUGCUGCGCUGGAGGGCUUAGUGGAUGAAAUGGUUUUGCUCUCUGAAGAGAUGAACGUUUGGGCAGAGUCGGUUUCUGCUCAGGAGGAAUGCAGAAGGCACAUCUCUUCUCCCACAGAGAUGCUCUACAAAGAGCCUGGUGGCCAAGCACCCACGGAAAGUCCCUUUCCUUCUGGUCAAAGCAGCAGAGGAGGAGAAGUCUCCGAGCUGGAUUAUAUCACAGAACCCUACCUUGCUGUGCAUGAGGAGUCAGCUGUACUGAAAGGGCAGGAAACACAAAUGGUUCCUCAUGAAUGUGAGCAUCUGGAGGACUUGGCAUUGGAAAGCUCCAGUUCUAGACAAGUAAGCAUUUCCCAGACUGAUAGCUUGGAUUCUGGAAAAAAACCCAGUCAAGUGUCAGUGAGCAAGGACACUGGUAAACGCCCAGAAGUGUCGUUAGUGAAAAUCAAAGAUCUGUCAGAUGAAGCACCCAGUGUUAGCAGCGGAACUCCAAAACUUGACAUAUCAGAGGUAGAGCCCGCCUAUUUGAAUUUCUCAGAUUUGUAUGACAUUGUCUAUUUUCCAUUUGAAUUUAUGAACUUUAGGAAGCCUCCACCCAAACCAACUGGUAGACGAUUUAUACCUUUCAGUGAAAGGGCAGGGUCACCUCCUGCAGGGCAUUUGCAUAAGGAUAAGAGACUGUGCAUCAGAGAAGAGGCAGAAGAGAGGAACAAGCAAAACCGUUUGAAAGUACCUGAGAAUUCAAAGGCAACUAACCUCUUAGCCAUGGGGAAAGCGUCAGAGAGCCAUAAGGAAAUGUACGGCUCCCAAAAGGACGCAAGCGGUAAGCAGAAAAGCUCCUACAGCAAGCCAGGACUCUUUAAACCCUACGGAAGAUCUCAUUCAGUGGAGCAGUCAGAGCAGAGUCUGAAGAAGAAAGUUAAAGCUUCUGUUGCCCAUAUUUCAAGAAUUCUGAAAGGAAAGACAGCUCCUGAGCAAGAGACAGAGGAAGAGAUUGGUGUGCUGGGAGGUGAAGCAGUAGAAAAAGAACCAUUAACAGGAGCUGAAGGAUCUUUGAAGAGGAAAUCGGGACUCUCUUCAUUCAAGUUUUCAAGCCUCAUGCCAAAGGAGAAAGCACCUUCAUUUGUCGAAGAGCUCAUAGACCAGGCUACUGCUGUAGGACAGUGUGUAACUCUGUCGUGCCGGACGGCGGCUCACUCCUCCCUGCACAUCAACUGGUUCAGAGAUGGGAUGCCCAUCCACAGCAACAGUCGGAUCCUCAUCUCAGCCACACUCAAAAACUUCCAGCUGCUAACUAUUCUCUCUGUUAAUGCUGAUGAUUUUGGUAUUUACACCUGCGUGGCCACCAACUCUCUGGGCUCAGCAUCCACCUCUUGCAUCAUAAGAAAAGCUGAAGUUCCUCCAAGCCCUCCACCCCCUGACAUCGUGGAGGUCUACAAGGAUGGGGUGCAGGUGGUCUGGAAACCUGUGGAAACCAGCACCCCCAUCCUCUACACUGUGCAGUGCAAGAGCGAAGAUGGGGAGUGGAAGACCCUUGCUACGGACAUUUCAGACUGCUGCUACUAUGCAAAUAAUCUCUCCAGGGGAUUCGUUUACUGCUUCAGGAUUGCCUGCAUCAGUAAAGCAGGAAUGGGCCCUUACAGCAACCCCUCUGACAAAGUGAAGAUCAAUGAGCAAGAUGAAAUGGAAUUUCAUGCUACGAUGCAGAGCUUCCCAUCAACUGCUACUGAAGAAGAGAGUGAAAUAAUAGCACCACCCGAACCCUUCCCAACCUACCAAACCUAUGCCUUCCAAACAGAGAUCAAAAGGGGGCGUUUCAGCAUCGUCCGACAGUGCAGGGAAAAAGUAAGCGGCAAGACUUUGGCUGCUAAAAUCAUCCCUUACUGGCAAGAGGACAAACAGGCUGUGCUCCUGGAGUACCAAGUCCUGAGGAAGCUUCAUCACACAAACAUAGCUCAGCUGAAGGGAGCCUAUGUCAGCCCACGACACUUGGUGUUGAUCCAGGAGAUGUGCGUGGGACCAGAACUACUCCAUUCUUUGGCACUACGGCCAUCCUACUCAGAAGUGGAGAUCCGAGAUUACCUGUGGCAGAUCCUGAGUGCAGUUGAGUACCUCCAUGCACACAGCAUCCUGCACUUGGAUCUCAGGUCUGAAAACAUGAUCAUCACUGAGCCCAACCUGCUGAAACUCCUGGACUUUGGCAAUGCACAGUUCUACACGCAAGACAAAGUUAUUACCAUGGACAAGUGCAUGGACUAUGUUGAAACCAUGGCUCCAGAACUGCUGACAGAGCAAGGAGCCCUGCCUCAGACUGACGUCUGGUCCAUCGGCAUCACAGCGUUCAUCAUGUUGAGUGCCAACUACCCUGUCAGCUCUGACGUAGCCUGUGAAUUUCUGAGAAUGACCAGGAAGGGGAAAGUGAAGCUCACGCGAUGCUAUGCCGGUCUCUCUGGAGGGGCAGUGUCAUUUCUCCAGAGCACGCUGUGUGCAAAUCCCUGGGGAAGACCGUCAGCCUCAGAGUGCCUUCAGAGCCCAUGGCUCCAAGAGACAGGUUUGGAUAACAGACAACAAGCACUGGUUACCUUUCCCACCACCAAACUGAGGAAUUUCCUCAUGGAACGGGAAAAGAAAAGGGGCCUGCUGUGCUCCAAGUACGGCCUGAUGAUUGCACAGUGAAGUGGAUGAGAAGACGGCGGUGAAUUGUCUCCCUCCCCGCUUCUGCAUUUAGUGUUUGGUACCAGAGGAUACUGUCAAGUUACUGUGCAUCAGCUGAGUUAGGGUGACUGCCUGGAGUUGUGCAUUUAGCUCUCUGAGCACGCAGUUUAGCAUAACUGUGAGCAGAUUAAUUCUUGCAUUUGCCACAGGGUAGGAACGAAUGCACAGACCGUUAAUGUGGCUCGUCUGACUGAUGGUAACUUGACAGUAUGUGUGUCACUCACUUGGCUCCAAGCUUCCUGGAGGAGGAGGAGGCAAGGAGGAGUUAGAGAAGGUGAUAAUUAGACUGUAGGAUGGAAUCAGAGUAAAUAUCAGAAAGAUUCACCAAGGGGAAGUAGUACAAAGUGUAGCACCUGCCUCUUUUUGAGCUGAUGGUGAAUAGCAGUGUAUCUAAGGGCUUUGGAUGAAAAGGCCCGACUGGAUAAAGCUCUGAGCAACACGGUCUGAGCUGAUAGCUGACCCCGCUUUGAGCAAAAGAUUGGACUGGAGGCCUCCUGAAGUCACUUCCAACCUGACUUAUCCUGUGAUCCUACAUAUUUGCCUAGUACCAGGCACAAGGCUGGAGUGGUGGGACUCUGCCAGCAUCCAUUGGCAGCUGAGCUCAGCAUGUCGCUUGCCUGGCCGAGUACACAACUAGACAGCACCGUCCUCACAAGGCCUGACCCUGGCUUAAACAGGGCUUUGCCACCCAAGCUAGAGGAGAAUCCUUCUAGCUGCGGAGAAGCUGCAAAGGGAGGUGCAAUUAUGCGUUAUGUGCGUGACAGUGUUACUGUAGACGGGGCUUUCCAGUAACUGCUGAGUUGCAUCUCUUCCUAAUCUUGCAAGUGGCGAUAGCUUGCUUGGCUUUGAGCAGAGUUACUGUUCUCCAUGGGCACCCAACCUUUGUGGUUUGUAAAACCAUGAAGCUUUGCUUUUCUUUGGACAGGUAUUUCUUUUUGACAGGCAUUUGUCACAUGUGAUCUUAAAGCAACUCCUCCUCUGUCUUAUUUUAUCUGCAUCUGUUGUCUUAGCAAUAUGUUAAAGAGCAAAUGUGCAAACCUGUGAAAAAACAGCUUUGCCAAGCUGUGACUUGGUGUAUGGGCUCCUUUAGGAAAGAAGUUCCCAGGGGAGGCCUAGUUAUGGUCAUUUUGCUAAGUGCCUGUGUGUUAAAAGCCCCCCUCUACUAGGGUAAUUUCCUAGUGCAUUACAAAUUUUCAGUGCAGCAACUGCGUUGUUGUUGAAUGAAGAUCUCCGGAUAGAGGAAAUCUGCUCUGAGCUGCCUAGUCCAGGUGGUUCAUGCUGCUCGUCGCUCUGGCUGCAUCUGGACAGAAGGUACGUGCUCUGCUAUAGCAUGUACAGCACCUCUUCUGCCAACAGGAGGAAAGAGAAAUUGGGGCUGGGACUGACCAGCAAUUGCACUCAACCACGUAGUAGUGCAGUUCUCACAUUUGCAGGCCACAGACAGUAAUGGGCCAUGGAUAACUGUAUAUUUCAGUCCUUGUCAGCCUCGGUUUUAGAUGCUGAGAUUCCCGGAGACUAGGGGGGGCAUCAAAGAUGCUCACAGGCUGUGUGAAGAGCGCAUUGGAGGAAAGUGGGGUAGAUGGUGCUUUCGCUUUAGGAUGGCUUUAAACGUAAUUGCACAGCGGUAAAAGCAUCAAAUGCAAUAAUGACUGUGACCUCAUUAUGCGCAGAAAAUUUAUUGCUAAGAGACAUUGGCAGUUCAAGGCGCAGCUGCUAUUUUCUGGGGACUGCGCAGACACAGCUAUCAAGAGACGUGAAAGUGGUGCCGUUGGCAAAUGCCGUAUGUUUUGAUUCUUUGGAAAAAUCCAGACCAUCCUGAAGUUUCAUGUACCUCUGUGUUCUUCAGAAACUGCUGGGCGUUGCUUUCCUUUCCUGUGGGUAGUCAGCUGUGCAAUUUCUUUGUACUUACAACCUCAGUGUGCCUUUGCGUUUCUGUGAAGUGGAAGCUGUAUCUAUUGGUUCUGCUGAGUUUCUUGAGUUUUCCGUAUGAGCAGCAUGUGGUAGGACGCUUUCUCAGCAGCAUCUGGCUGUGUUGAGAGGGAGGAGAGUCCUUAUUAUGAGUCCUCUGGUACAGUAUAGAAAGGGUAGCUGAUAGCAGAGGAGCUUUCACUGUGCUGGGCAGAGCAGACAUGGAUUAGACUGUAAAGCUUUGAACGUCAAAGUUAUCUUGUCUUCAUGAUGCAUGAAAGAAGAGAAACCAAAGGUUUUAGGGCCAGACUCCAUGCCCAGUUCUGUGGGGAGGGGGGCAGAGAUGUUAUGGGAGAAGGCACUGUUAUGAGAUCCAGCCCAUUAAACUUCUCCUGACCCCAGAUUGCUUCCAAUUUAACCUAUUUUAGAAAUCCAAGGAGGUUUCUGUUGGCACAGCCUCGUUCUUUACUCUUGCUGGAGCACUUUGGGAUGGAAAGCUCAGUGUUGGAGGACAACCUGUCUAAGCAUAAAACUUCACUUGCAGAUUAACUCACCUGGAGCUUUGACACUCCCCUUUCUCGUAUGACUCAACUUAAGUGAUUUUUGCUUCUCAUGUUUGCAUGUAUUUGAGCAUGUCUGAAGUCCUUUAUAGACUCAAUAUUGUUUUGUUAACUAAUGCUAAAUAAACCAUUCGGAGAAAGAAGUAAAGCCAGAUUUU